AAAGUCAAAUAAAAACAAAACUCAAAUAUUAAGAUAAAAAAAAUUUAAUUCAGUUAAAAUUUUAUUUUCUAUCCCCAGAUAGAAUUCAAAUACUUUUCUCCAACGGCUACCUUUCACGUUUUUCUCUCUAUCCUCCCUCGCUCCCUCUCCUCUACCUUAAUCUUCUUCAUCUUCUUUCUCUCUCCUAAAAAUUUGCAGAAGAAUCCACCAAGAUUCAUCAACAAUGAAGCAUUUUAUGCUCCCAAAAUCAUCUUCUCCAUUAUCGGAACUUUCAACUCCUCCGAAUCUUAACCCUAGUUUGCAGAAAUCGAAAUCAUCUCGUAAGCAGAAAUGUAGAGACAAAGAAAACUCAGAUCCUUCUUCCGAUAUCGUUUCUAGUGGAAAACCUUCUCCUGCUACUAAAAUGAAAAGUCCGCUUCCGCCUCGACCACCGCCAUUGAUGAAUUCGAGUAAUCCUUUAAAGAGGAAGUUAAGUAAUGAUGCUGUUUCGGAUAUUGUGGUUGGAGGUCUUUCUUCUUCCGCGUCGGAUACUGGUGUUAAGGUGUUAGUACGAAUGCGGCCAUUAAACAAGGAUGAGCAAGACGGAGAAUUGAUAGUCAAGAAAGUUUCGAAUGAUUCUUUGACUAUUAAUGGGCAUACCUUUACUUUCGACUCUGUGGCUGACAUGGAAUCAAACCAGAUAGACAUUUUCCAGCUUGUAGGAGAUCCUCUAGUGGAGAACUGCUUGGCUGGGUUCAACAGUUCCGUGUUUGCUUAUGGACAGACGGGCAGUGGGAAAACCUAUACAAUGUGGGGACCUGCUAAUGCUUUGCUCGAAGACAAUUUAGCAAAUGAACAACAGGGUUUAACACCCCGUGUUUUUGAACGCCUUUUUGCUCGGAUAAAUGAGGAACAAAUCAAGCAUGUGGAUAAACAGCUUAAGUAUCAGUGUCGUUGUUCUUUUCUUGAGAUUUACAAUGAACAAAUUACUGAUUUAUUGGAUCCAAGUCAGAAGAAUCUUCAGAUAAGGGAAGAUGUGAAGACUGGCGUUUAUGUGGAAAAUCUUACCGAGGAGCGUGUGUCAACACCCAAAGAUGUGAUUCGACUUUUAUUGAAGGGUUUGUCACACCGCAGAACCGGCGCCACAAGUAUCAAUGCAGAGAGUUCAAGAUCACAUAGUGUUUUUACAUGUGUCGUUGAAUCACAAUGCCAGAGCUUGUCUGACGGGCUGAGCAGCUUUAAGAUGAGUAAAAUCAAUUUAGUUGAUCUUGCUGGGUCAGAAAGGCAAAAAUUAACUGGUGCGGCUGGGGAACGACUGAAAGAGGCAGGCAAUAUCAAUCGAUCCCUUUCACAGCUGGGGAAUUUGAUAAACAUCCUAGCUGAAACCUCUCAAACUGGAAAGCAAAGGCACAUUCCAUAUAGAGACUCCAGAUUAACAUUUUUGCUUCAGGAGUCUCUUGGAGGUAAUGCAAAAAUGGCAAUGAUCUGUGCAAUAUCUCCAGCUCAAAGUUGCAAGAGUGAGACAUUUAGCACAUUGAGGUUUGCACAGCGUGCAAAGGCUAUCAAGAAUAAGGCUGUUGUCAAUGAGGUGUUGCCAGAUGAUGUCAACUUCUUGAGAGAAGUAAUAAGGCAACUUAAGGAUGAAUUACUACGAAUGAAGGCAAAUGGAAACCAAAAUGAUUCAAAGGCAGCUUAUGCAAAUAGUUGGAGUGCACGUAGAAGCUUAAAUCUUCUGAAGAGUCUCAACCAUCCUAUGGUGUUACGCCAUUUAGAUGAUGAUGGUGACGAGGUCAUGGAAAUUGAUGAAGAGGCUGUCGACAGACUGUGCAAUGAAGUAGCUCAACAUUCAAAUGGACUUGAUAUUAUGCCAUGCACGGGUGCAAAAGUAGUAGAUAAUGGUCACACAGGGCUACAGCUUUUAAAUUCCGAAGGCAGGAACUCUCAAGGUCCCGUAUCGAAUUUAUCUACAGAUGCAAGCAUGGGGAACAAAAGUUCUGAAGAAUCAGAUGUUAGUAUGGAAGAGGGAAUUUCAGAAAUAGAUGAUAAUGACAUCAUUGCGGAUGGAGGUGCUAUGACAUCUUCUAGGAGCAAGGACACUGCUGAAUACGUGGUGAAUGAAUCCCCGUGCAAGACAAUUAAGGACGGUGCUGCACUCAUGUCAUCAUCAGUUGAUAUGGUGGAUGAUGAGGCUCUACCUCCUACAUUAAGUGUACUUCCUAAUGAUAUUUCUCCUAUUCUGCCAUCUCCACCUCAUACUGUUUCUCCAAGAAUUGUUAGUAGUAGCAGGAAAAGUUUAAGAACUUCAUCUAUGUUAACUGCAUCCCAGAGAGAUAUACAAGACUUAGGGUUAGUCAAGAAGGAUGUACAUGUACCAUUGGCAAAAUCUCUCCAAACGAACUCCCAGCUUGCCCUGGCUACUAUGUCAGGAACUAAUGUUCGUCGCACUACUGAACAUUUGGCAGCUAGCCUUCAUCGCGGUCUUGAGGUCAUUGAUAAUCAGCGGAAGAGUUCUGCUUUUAGGAGGUCUACGUUCCGGUUUUCAUUUAAGCCUGCCGAAUUGAAGCCUAUUUUACCUAUUGAGAAAGUUGAUGUUGGUAUUCAGACUCUACCAGAAAGCCCUGAGAUGCUAGAAUUAGGCGGGAUCUAUCUCUGUUGUAAUUGCAAGAGCAAGAAUCUUCAGGGAGAUGUGAAAGACGCUAAUGAGCCCUCAAACCUCCAGCUGGUUCCUGUGGAUAGGUCAUUGUCCGCUGAAAAGCUGAAGAAACAAGUUCCAAAGGCCGUAGAGAAAGUUCUGGCGGGAGCAAUUAGGAGAGAGCUAGCCCUCGAGGAUUUUUGUGCCAAGCAAACAUAUGAGAUUGCACAAUUAAAUCGUCUGGUUCAACAAUAUAAGCAUGAAAGGGAAUGCAAUGCAAUUAUUGGUCAGAUGCGGGAGGAUAAAAUAAUGCGCCUUGAAAACUUAAUGGAUGGGGUAUUGCCUACUGAGGAUUUCAUGGAAGAGGAAUUUCUAUCUGUUCGCAAUGAAAAUGAGUUACUCAAGGAGAAAUAUGAAAAUCAUCCCGAGGUUUUGGAGACCAAGCUCGAGUUAAAGAGAGUUCAAGAUGAGAUUGAGAGAUUACGAAGCUUCUUUGAUAUGGGUGAGAGGGAUAUCUUAAUGGAGGAAAUUCAUGAUUUAAGGAGCCAGCUACAGUACUAUACAGAUAGUUCACCCAAAGCUGUUAGGCAACGGAAGUCUCUGUUGCAGUUGACUUAUCCCUGUGAGCAGAGUAUAUCUCAACCACUAAACCCAAUACACGAAUCAAUGGAGGAUACUGCUGCCGAUAAACUAGAGCAGGAAAGGACUCAGUGGACUGAGGUUGAAAGUCAAUGGAUUUCUCUAGCCGAGGAACUGAAAAUCGAACUUGAAUCGACCCGUUCACAUGCUGAACUGCUUGAGCGAGAACUCGAAGCUGAAAAGAAGUGCUCAGAUGAGUUAAAGGAAGCUCUACAAUUGGCCAUGGAAGGCCAAGCACGCAUGCUGGAACAGCAUGCUGAUCUUGAGCAAAAACAUAUGCAAAUGCUUGCAAGACAUAGACAAAUGCAAGACGGAAUCGAGGAUGUUAAGAAAGCUGCUGCUAGAGCAGGGGUUAGAGGGGCCGAAUCAAAGUUUAUCAAUGUUCUUGCGGGACAGAUUUCAGCACUGAAAGUGGAAAGAGAGAAGGAAAGGUGUUAUUACAGGGAUGAAAACAAAAUGCUUCGUUCUCAGCUAAGAGACACCGCAGAAGCGGUGCAGGCUGCGGGAGAAUUACUUGUACGUCUGAAAGAAGCAGAGGAAGCUGUAGCUUCUGCUGAGAAACGUGCUGCUGUGGCAGAAGAAGAAACGGAGAAGGCUCGCAAUCAGAUCGAUAAGCUAAAGAAAACACACGAAACUGAAAUUAAUGCAUUGAAUCAUAUAAUAGCUGAGUCGCGGUUACCAAAAGAGUCAUUACAAGAUCCUUAUACAGACAAUGCUGCAAAGUUCGACGCUGAAGAGCGUCAUAGUGCUGGUGAUGACCGAUGGAAAGAAGAGUUUCAGGCAUUCUACAACAUAGACGAUGAGUUAUCGUCUAAAUUCGCAGAACCCUCAUCCUGGUUUUCUGGGUAUGAUAGAUGCAACAUAUAGGUAGGAACUCGAGUUAGCCUCUGUAUGUAAAAUUACUAACUAUUGAUUUGUUAAAUAUUUCAAUAUAGUGUACCUUGUGUUGUUCAACAAGGAAAUAUAAGUUAGAUCCUUCACUAUUUGUGAGGGUCCAAUUGUUUCUACCUCUUGUAAUCAUUUUGUACUAAAGUUGAAUUUCCUCGCUUAUAUGGUUCAAACAGUUGUCUUCAGACCUGUUAAAUUUUUAAACGCACUUGUUAAUUUAAAUUCAUUUGAUG